UCAUUGCAUAAUUCUUUGAAAGUUUUGACUGUUGAGCAUGAUUCUUGGUUAAGGUCAAAGACUUUUCAUUUUCUAUAAUACACAUCCAUAUUAUACAUAAUGCAUUAAAAAUGUGAUCUUCCUGUGACCAUCCACUUUUCACUUUAAUUUCUUUUUCCCAAUCUCUGUGCUUAAAUAGAUAAUUGAUAAUAUGUGUGCACUGCAUACUUCUGUUUGUGUGUGUGUGUGUGUGUGUGUGUGUGUGUGUGUGUGUGUGUGUGUGUGUGUGUGUGUGUGUGUGUGUGUGUGUGUGUGUGUGUGUGUGUGUGUGUCGUAAGGGGUGUAGUGUAGCCUACUGCAGCACACAGAGGGUGGGGAUAUAAAACCUCUGUUUUUAAAGCGCAGCAACAGUUCUGUAACUUCCUGUAAACUGUGGGAGGGCAACAUCGACAGGUCACUCAAACUUAUACAGAGAAAUGGAUUAUCUUUCCGUGUUGGAUGACAAUAAUUCCACCAACUACGACUAUAACUAUACACUACCUGUGUUUCCUGACACUUUGGUUCCUGAGAUCCAGCCCAUCCAGAUUGUGGCUCUGGUCCUCUAUGGCCUGGUGGUUUUGCUGGGAGUCCCUGGGAAUGCGGUGGUGGUGUGGGUGACGGGGUUCUGCAUGAAACGCUCUGUCACCUCCCUCUGGUUUCUCAACCUAGCGCUGGCGGACCUCCUGUGCUGCCUCUCCCUUCCUUUGCUCAUGGUGCCGCUGGCCCAUGACGACCACUGGCACUUUGGCCCACUGGCCUGCAGGCUGGUCAAAGGCCUGUUCUACCUGGUGAUGUACUGCAGUGUGCUGCAGCUCGUUUUGAUCAGUGUGGACCGCUUGAUCCUGGUGAAAAAACCCAUCUGGUGUCAGAACAACAGGAGACCCAGACAGGCAACAUAUGGCUGCGUGGCUUUGUGGUUCCUGGCCCUGAUUGGCAGCAUCCCGUACUUCGUCUACGCCAAGGAAAGGACCGCAGGUAUUGAAAAGAGAGAGUGCCUGAUGGAAUACACUCAAGACAACGCCUGGGUUAUCAUGACUUUUCGCUUCAUGGUAGGAUUCAUCAUCCCUUUCCUGGUUAUUUUAAUCUGCCACCUUGUGGUGUUCUGCAGCACACAGAGAGGAAUAUCUCGUGGCCGAAACCGCUCCAAGAGAACUCUUAGGGUCAUCAUUGGUGUGGUGCUGAGUUUCUUCUUGUGCUGGCUACCCCUACACGUCAUGGACUUCGUCGUGUUGUCCACCCCGAGAGACUCACCUCACAGUCCAAAAGUGUACAUGGGACACGUGUUGGCGCUCUGCCUGGCAUAUUUCAACAGCUGCCUUAACCCUCUGCUCUACGUGUGCCUGGGCCGAGGCUUCAAGCAAAGUAUGAGUCGCUCCCUUCGCAACGUCCUCCACUUUAUCAGUGAGGAGCAGAACACGAAAUUCAGCACCACCAAUUAUGACACCAAGAGCAGUACCACUGUGAGCGGUGGGAAGGAAACCAUCAAAGUGGUGGCUUGUUAGUUUAUUUUAAUACUCAUCAGGUCAUCUGCACAUCAGUAUGGUUGUUUGUUGUGACCGAUGCAGUAUUAUCUCUAUUUAUUUAUCACCCUAAAGCCGUCAUGAAGACAGCCCCGGCACUGUGGACAGGAUGACUUCUGUAAAGACACUUGAGUUGUGUUACGAAUCAGGAACUAUUACCUAAUCUGCUGUUUUCCAAAGAGUCAUGUCUUGCUCACGUGUGUCUUGCUUGCAAAAACCCUUGACACUUCUCCUUUCUCCUGUUGUUUUUUUCCAUACAUCCUAUACAUUUUUUGUAGAUUUUUUGUAAUUAUAUUCAUUUGUUUUCUUUUUCUUUUUAAUUUUAAGGAUAUUAGAAAUGAUACUGUUAACAGAAUAUAUAUUUCUUGUAACACAGAUUAGAUCACAUGUACCUCAUGAGUUAAACUACUGUGGUGUUAUGAAGAAGAUAAAAUCUUUUAAUCAAUGUUGCAGUUCUUUUGAAAGACCACCAGAGAGACACGCUCUGAAUGUCUGACGCUCAGAGAUCAGCGUGUUUCUCGACUCAACUGUCAUUAUCAGGCACAUGUAUUGUUCAUAUUUAAGAUUAUGCACUAUUUUUUUUAUAAAUAAAAUGUCUUUCUUCAGACCAGAAAAACAAAAAAACAAACAUACAAAAUACAAAUUUAAU